AUGUCCAGUGAAGUCCAAACUACACAUAAAAUUGGUCUAAUAACCGCAAUUUCGUAUACUGUAGGAGAUAUUGUUGGAUCAGGAAUAUUCGUAACUCCAACAUCAAUUCUGAAUCAUGCUGGAUCAGUUGGACUUAGUUUAUGUUUAUGGGCAAUUUGUGCAUUUAUAUCAUUAUUUGGUGCAUUAUCAUAUGUUGAAUUAGGAACUACGAUUAGGAAAAGUGGAUGUGAUUUUGCAUAUUUGUCAUAUUUUGGAUGGCGACCUUUGGCUGCUUCUUUUAUGUGGGUUUCGACUUGUUUGUCAUAUCCAGCUGUUCUGGCAAUUCAAGCUGUUUCGUUAGGAGAAUAUGUUAUUACAGGUGAGAGAUUUGGAAUUUCCAUGAAGAAGCCACGUGAAUUUUAUGAGAUUGAGAGAUCAACAUUUUGAAAAUUCAUAUUCUUUUUGUUUCAAAAUUUUUCAAACAAUCUUUCCCAAUUUCCAGGCCUGGACAAUUUCAUUUACCUUGAUGAUCAUUAUCGAUUUCUCGCUUAUCGCCUCAUUGGAUUUUCAGUUCUCUGGCCUUUAAUGUUCAUCAAUUUUUUUCUCGCUGAAAAACGUUGCGGGCUAUCUUCAAAUAAUUGCAACUGCCAUCAAAUUAAUCGUGGCUUCAAUUAUCAUUUUCACUGGUUUCUAUUAUAUUAUUUUCAAACAAGAUGUUCAAAAUUUCGAAAACUCAUUUGAAGGUUCAGAAUGGGCUCCAGGCGGUUUAGUUUUAGCUAUUUAUUCUGGCCUUUUUGCAUAUAAUGGUUGGGAUGUUUUGAAUUUUGGAGCAGAAGAAAUUGAGAAUCCAAGAAGAACUUUGCCAAUUGCUGCAAUGAGUGGAAUUACAAUCUCAGCUGUUGUAUUUAUAUUGAUGAAUAUCUCAUAUUUUAGUGUUUUAUCAGUUCAAGAUUUCAAAUCAAGUCCAGCUGUUGCAGUCACAUUUGCAGAAAGAACUCUUGGAGACUUUCAUUAUGUUAUCCCAUUUCUAAUCUCACUUUUAUUGAUUGGUUCAAUGAAUACAACAAUCUUCGCUUGUUCUAGAUAUAUGCAUUCUGGAGCUGAACAAGGAGUUAUGCCAAGUAUGCUUCGUCUUGUCAAUUUAGCAUCAAAUAGUCCGAGAAUGGCUGUAUUUUUCGAAGUUCUCAUCGCAAUUUGUCUUUCAUUUAUCGGUGAUCUCGAUCAUAUUAUAAGUUAUAUGUCUUUCGCGUUAUGGAGUCAAAGAACAGCAACACAGGCUGGAUUUAUUUAUUUCAAAUUUACUGGAAAAUUCAAUAAAUCUGAAAAUCCUGAUAGAUUUAUUGUGCCAAUUCUUGUUCCAAUUGUAUUUUUUGCAAUCUGUAUAAUGCUUCUUGUUAUUCCAAUUAUCCAAAAUUACCAAGUAGCAAUUUAUGGAUUGAGUUUGACAGCUGGUGGCGCAUUGAUUUAUAUAGUAUUCAUCUAUCCAGACACAUUACCGAAUAUAUUCUAUCAAAUUAAUGGUAAAUCCUAUUAACAAGUUUACAUUUUUAAAUCAAGUUUUGCAGAUCGAACGGUAAAAUUUUGCCAACUCAUCUUCAACGCAUCAAUUCCAUCAAGAGCAUAA